CACCAUUAUCUCUGAUUACUAUGAUUUCCAAAUUAGUACAUUUUAUUUAUACGAUGCGCUAGAAAAAAUAUAACUAAAAAUGAUCUGAAAAAAAAAAUUUUACACCCAAUGCUAUCUAUACUUAUCUAUAUAAUUAACCAGAUAACAGUAUGAGCUCGGGACAAUUACCAAACUUGGCAUCAGAUGCUGUAUUGAAACAAUCUAUACCUGUUCCAGAAGAUUUUCAAGAAGUUAAAGGUAUAGAUUAUUCUAAAGAUGAAGCUUAUAAUAUGAAAGCUGUAGAUUUAAUAAAAUCCAUGAAAACUAUGGGAUUUCAAGCUUCUAGUUUAAGUCAAGCUUGUGAAAUUAUAGAUGAUAUGAGAUCAUGGAGAGGAGAACACAUAGAUUCAUUACCCGAACAUGAAAGAACAGGUGAAUUUGAUGAUAAUGGAUUUCAAAAGACAACUAUUUUUAUGGGUUAUACAUCUAAUUUAAUAUCUUCUGGUUUAAGAGAUACUUUAAGAUAUUUAGUUCAACAUAAAAAAGUUAGUGCAAUUGUUGCAAGUGCUGGGGGUAUUGAAGAAGAUUUAAUUAAAUGUUUGGCUCCAACUUAUAUGGGUGAAUUUAGUUUACCUGGUAAAGGUUUAAGAGAUCAAGGUAUGAAUAGAAUUGGUAAUUUAUUAGUUCCAAAUGAUAAUUAUUGUAAAUUUGAAGAAUGGAUUGUACCAGUUUUAGAUAAAAUAUUAGAAGAACAAGAAGAAGAGAUGAAGAAAUUAGGUUCUGAAGGUUUAAAUGCUGAUUCUCCAGCAAUUUGGACUCCAUCUAAAUUAAUUGAUAGAUUAGGUAAAGAAAUUAAUGAUGAAUCAUCUGUAUUAUAUUGGGCUCAUAAAAAUAAAAUUCCAAUUUUUUGUCCUGCAAUUACUGAUGGUUCUAUUGGUGAUAUGUUAUUCUUUCAUACAUUUAAGGCAUCACCUCAACAAUUAAGACUUGAUAUUGUUGCUGAUAUUAGAAAAGUUAAUUCAAUGUCAAUGGCUGCUUCUAAAGCAGGUAUGAUUAUCUUAGGAGGUGGAUUAAUUAAACAUCAUAUUUGUAAUGCAUGUUUGAUGAGAAAUGGUGCUGAUUAUGCUGUAUAUAUUAAUACUGGUCAAGAAUUUGAUGGAUCUGAUGCUGGUGCUAGACCUGAUGAAGCUGUUAGUUGGGGAAAAAUUAAAAGUGAAGCAAAAUCAGUUAAAGUAUAUGCUGAUGUUACUGUAGUAUUCCCAUUAAUUGUUGCUGCUACUUUUGCAGCUGAAAGACCAUAAUUAGCAACUCAAUAUAAUAUUAGCUAAAGUUUAUAUAUAUGUAUAUAUACUGUAUGAAAUUUCCUAAUGCAAAACUAGAGUUAUGACGAUCUAAAAAGUCUCUGUCUCCCUCCUAUUCGGGAUGGAUUUAAACCUAAAUUAGGCAGUUUUCUGGCUCGCAGACGAAUUGGGCAGACUGCGGCUCGGCUUUUGCUUGUGCCGUUUCCAAAAUAGGCACCGAUAUUAUGCGAUAACGCUCACCACAAUAUGUAGGGAAUUUAGCCCCCGCCAUACUAUACAGUGGCCACAGA